CCUUUGUGUGACAACACUUCCUUGUACAACAUUAAGGGUGACACUACUGCACGACGGAUUAGUAAAUGUCCGGAACUUGAACUUGGUAAAUGAAUUCCCGUGCUUUUACCCGGAAUUAUUAACAAGAAGAGCAUUUUGAAAUGCUUCGCCUCAUCGCCUUGUUAUUUUUGCUUGUGAUUCACACAGAAGCUUAUGAAAACUUAGCUUUGAAUAAACCAGCUUGGCAACAGACUAACUGGCCAGAUUUCCCUGUAGCUUGGGGAGCUGCAAAGGCGGUAGACGGACAAUUAUCAAAUCGUGCACCGGGAGGCAAUCAGUGCACAAUAUCAGGUCCUAGUCAGUCAACAGCUGAGUGGAGGGUAAAUCUACAGAGCGUGGUCAGCAUCAGCCACAUCAACAUCUUCUACAGGACGGAUAAUACACCUAGUCCUGGUGCUUUCUACAAUCGCUUUGCUGGAUUUUUUGUGUACGUUUCUAAUUCUACAAGAAGACAGGACGGCCACCUUUGUUUCCAUGAGCUACAACAAGUGAACGGUACACCGACAGAGAACCAGACAAUAAACUGUCCUGUACAUGGACAGUAUGUUAUAUACUACAACGAACGUAGGAGACUGGCUGUCACAUACCCAACUUACUAUUCUACAUAUGCGUUUAGCGAACUAUGUGAAUUGGAAGUUAUUGGAUGUUCUGAUCCACGAUUCCAUGGGGAAAACUGUAAUCGGCCAUGUUCAGAGAAAUGCCAGGAACAGAGAUGUAACAUCACAACGGGGGAAUGUCUGGGCUGUAUACCGGGGUAUCAAGGGCCCAUGUGUGAUCAAGUAUGUGACAAUAAGAGGUACGGUCUGGAGUGUUCCUCUACAUGUGGUAACUGUAGUGACGGGGCGACCUGUUACCAUGUCAACGGAACGUGCCUAAACGGAUGUGACGUAGGAGUAGAGGGCGAAAAAUGUCAGACUGAGUGUCAAACUGGGUAUUAUGGUAAAGACUGCAGAGAAAGCUGUAGUGUAAAUUGCCAACGUCAAGACCAGUGUAACAGAUUUAACGGUGAAUGUUACGGCGGGUGUCAACCAGGAUGGAAGCUUCCUAACUGCCAAAAAG